AUGCGGCGCGAAACGAAGCCUUUGGGUAAAGUUGUGACGGGACUGUUGCUGCUUCUGUGUGGAAUUCGAACAUUCGCAAAUGGUUUUCUGAAUUUCAGCUCGGUUUUAGGUAAUAAUUUUGGAAUCGCGGACUUGUUUGAAAUUAAUUAUGGACAUCCUUCAUUAAGACCCGCUUACGAUUACGUAAUUGUUGGAGCAGGACCAGCUGGUUGCGUUCUGGCUAACCGACUUUCGGAAGACCCUUCCAGAACGGUGUUGCUUCUUGAGAUUGGAAAAGGUGAGAUUCCUGUUAUUACGGAUCCACCCCUGCUUGGACCUACAUUGGCAUCUACUGAUUACAAUUUCGGAUAUCAGACCGAGGUUCAAAAGUAUGGUUGUCAGGGUAUGCGCGGUAGACGGUGUAGUUGGGCGCAUGGGCGAGGAAUUGGCGGAUCUUCAAUAAUCAACAAUGUGAUUUUCACCAGAGGAAAUAAACGGGACUACAAUAGCUGGGCACAAGCUGGAAAUUCUGGCUGGAGCUGGGAGGAGGUAUUGCCUUACUAUCGAAAAAUCGAGCGAGCGAACAUACGAGAUUUUGAGGACAAUGGUUUCCAUGGCAAAGACGGGCUGCUGUCAGUGGAGGAUUGUCCAUUCAGAUCUGAAAUCGCUGGAGCCUUUGUGAAGAGCGCACAGCGGGUUGGUUACCGUUAUCUGGACUACAACGCCGGUGAUCUAAUCGGAGUGUCGUUCCUGCAGGCGCACACGCUCCACGGACACCGUGCUACCGGCGGCAACGCAUACCUUAAGAACAUCAUCGAUCGACCGAAUUUGCACAUUAUGACCCGCUCGUGGGUGACUAAGGUUCUGAUAGAACCUCAUACCAAAGAGGCCAAAGGAGUGCAGUUUGUUCAUGAAAAGAAGUCCUACACAGUUAAAGCUACUCGGGAAGUAAUUCUUUCAGCGGGAGCCUUCGAAAGUGCUAAGCUUCUUAUGUUAUCCGGAGUGGGACCGUCAAAGCAUCUCCAAAAGCAUAAUAUAAAAGUUAUUCAGAACUUGCCAGUCGGUAGGAAGGUAACAGAGCACGGUGGCGUCUAUGGACCAGUGUUUAUCAUCCAUAACGAUCCCGAUGGAUAUAGAAGUUUGGAAAAUGUGACCACACUUGGAGAAUAUCUACGGUUCAGAAAUGGCCAAGGACCCUUAACGACAAACUCAGUGGAAAGUUUACUGUAUGUGAAAUCACCAGUUGCUGAAGAUCCAGAUCCCGGACUACCGGAUGUUGAAGUAAUGCAAGCUUUCGUUUCAUUUGGAUUUGAUUCUUCGCCAGCGGUAAAAUUUGCUUAUCAACUAUCCGAUGAGUUGGACCAAUCAUACUUUCGUCCACUGGCGAAUAAGAGAACAUUCAUGUAUCUACCAAUGCUGCUCAAAGCACGAGCUAGAGGACAAGUACGUUUGAAAUCAACAAAUCCUUUCCAUCAUCCGGAGUUCAAGUACCAGUACUUUGAGGAUGAACGAGACGUGGAAGCAUUGGUGUACGCAAUUCUACAGGUAAUAAAAAUAACCUCGCAGCCAGCAUUCGAGAAACUGAGAGUGGAGUUGUAUAGCAAUAAGGUUCCCGGCUGUAAACAGCACAAGUUCAACACCUUGGAAUAUUGGCGUUGUCAUGUUAGAACAGUGACUGCAACCUUCCAGCACCAGGUUGCGACAUGCAAAAUGGGACCAGCUAGCGAUCCUGAAGCCGUGGUGGAUCAUCGACUCCGCGUACAUGGCAUUAAAAGGCUUCGGGUAGCCGAUGUCGGAAUUAUUCCCGAUUCACCGACCGGCCAUACCUGUGCUCAUAGUUUCCUAAUUGGUGAGAAAGCGGCGGAUCUGAUUAAACAGGAUAACAUCCGAUAA